AUGGCACAAACCAACCACAUCAGAAAACGACAGUUCGAAGGUGAACCAGUCCAAGAUCAACCGGAAACAGAAACUGAGCAAGAGAAAAUUGAAGUGACGUUUGAAUUCUGCGACCUGAAGCAGAUCGAUUACCAUGCGAUCAAACAUUUGAUCUCCCAAUUAUUCCGAAUCUCUCGACCAAAAUCCUCCCCAGAGCCUGCAACAGGUGCACAUCCCUCGAAAACACUUGUGAAGCCGGUCCUGGAGGAUCUGGACGUUGGCGAAUUAGCCGACUUGGUGCUGAGUGAUCAGAAGGAAUGGGUCGGCUGUACGGUCAAAUGUGAUGAAGAAGACUGCGACCCAUACGCGUUCAUCAGCGUCUUGGAUUUGAGAGCAUAUCAGGAAAAGUCAUCCAUCCUUGUGCUUACCAGCUAUUUGACGUCCGUCUUAGCCUCAUCAACCCCGUCAUCAGCCCAAGCCGAUGAACUACUGACGGUCUUAAAGCAGACAUUAAGUCCUGAAGGAUCAGGUGUUGGAUUGGUUCUUAGCGAAAGGUUGAUCAAUGUGCCAGUUUACAUUAUGCCUCAACUCUUGACACAACUGGGGAAUGAAAUCAAACACGCUCAAUCUAAGAAUGCACCAGGUUUCAAGUUUGAUCGAUUGCUAAUUCCUUCGCGAGUAUUCACAAUGUCUGCAAACCCAGAUCCAAGUCAGGACGUCAAUCCCACUUUCGAUGCUAAGAAUAACAGCAACCACAAUGCACAAAAACCCAAGAAAAACAAGACUGAUGCGAAUCUGAAUCCGGACGACCCGAAUCAAGUCGGUCUUUAUCAUCCCGAAGACCAAAUCAUCUCUCAAUUUGCAUCACAUACAGUUCAUUUCAGUCUGCCGAAGUCAAAGGAACCCCGGAAAGGAGGAGUAGAUGAGGAGUUCGGAGUAGAUCAACAGGGUCGAUUGAUGCUUAUUGAGCUUUCUAAGUGGGACCAAAUGGUUGCAGCUCUGCAAGAGUACAUCGGCGAUCCAGAUCAAAUGUGUACUUCGUGA